ACGAGUUGUCAAUGUCAAAUCAAACGUGUGGGUAAAAAAACGGUGAACAUCAACGUAACAGAAAACACAAAAGUGAAAAACCAUUAAUUUUUUUUAUAACUUAAUUGCUGAUAUUUUUAAACGCUUUUGUUUAUUAUUGAGUGCAAGAUGAGCGAGGUGAGACAACGCGGUAAGAUGACCAACGUGGACCACGACUCCUCCUCCGCCGUCGAAGAAGUGUUUGACAAAGAGGAUAUGUCUAAACCCCAUGCCGUCCCCAUAAUAGUAGCCAACGAUGACCACACCUUCAAACUGGACGAGGAUGCUCUAAGAAGGGUGCUUUUAAGGGAUGACAUCAAAGAUCGCUAUGUAGUAGUGGUGUCUGUAGCGGGUGCUUUCCGUCAUGGAAAAUCAUUUUUGCUUGAUUUUUUCCUGAGAUAUAUGAGCUCAAAGUAUGUAAACAAGCAAAAAACCUCUGAAUGGUUGGGCUCAGAAGAGGCCCCAUUAGAAGGCUUCUCGUGGCGAGGCGGUUCAGAAAGGGACACCACUGGAAUCCUAAUGUGGUCCGAGGUGUUUUUAACUGAACUCGCCACUGGAGAAAAGGUCGCCAUCAUUUUACUGGACACUCAGGGGACUUGGGACAGUAAAAGUACAGUGAAAGAAUGUGCCACAAUAUUUGCCUUGAGCACCAUGAUUAGUUCGGUGCAAAUCUAUAAUCUAUCAACUAAUAUUCAGGAGGAUGACCUUCAGCACUUACAGCUUUUCACUGAAUAUGGGCGUCUCGCUCUGGCAGACUCCGGUAAAACCCCCUUCCAACGUCUUCAAUUCCUGGUGCGCGACUGGAGGUUCCCUUACGAGGCCCCGUACGGUGCCGCCGGCGGUCAACAGAUCCUGGAAAAACGUCUGGAAGUGAGCGACCAUCAGCAUCCCGAGCUGCAAUCCCUCAGGAAACACAUUCGAGCGUGUUUCUCGGAAAUCGCGUGUUUCCUGAUGCCGCAUCCGGGCAUCAAGGUGGCCACCAAUCCGACUUUCGACGGCCGUUUGGCCGAAAUCGAUCAGGAGUUCAAGGAUAAUCUGAAGAUAUUGGUGCCGAUGAUCUUGGCCCCGGAGAACCUGGUGCUGAAGAAGAUCAACGGGGAAAAGGUGAAAGUCAGGGAUUUUGUGCAAUAUUGUAAAUCUUACAUGCAGAUUUACGAAGGGAAUGAGCUACCCGAGCCGAAAUCUAUGCUUGUGGCUACUGCAGAAGCGAACAAUCUGGCCGCAGUUGCUGAUGCCAAGGACGUUUACAUUCAAAUGAUGGAGGACGUAUGCGGGGGUGCUAAACCGUAUUUGAAAACUGAAGCCAUCGAAACCGAACAUAAGAAGGUCAAAGAUAAGGCUAUCGAGCAGUUUGAUAAGAAAAAGAAGAUGGGCGGAGAUGAGUUCAGUGCUACUUAUAAGGAACAGUUGGAGAAGGAUAUCGAAGAAACAUUCCUGCAAUUCAAAUCGCACAACGAGAGCAAAAACAUCUUCAAAUCGGCCAGGACUCCGGCCGUGUUCUUCGCAUUGGCGGUCGCGUUCUACAUCACCUCCGGACUGUUCGGUCUGUUCGGGCUCUACUCGCUCGCCAACUUGUGCAAUUUGGGCAUGGCCGUGGCGUUUAUCACUCUCGUCACAUGGGCGUACGUCAGAUAUAGCGGCGAGAUGCGCGAGGUCGGCUCGGCUAUCGAUGAAACGGCCAAUUUUAUAUGGGAGAACUUAAUGAAAACCGUCGUCCAAGGAUUCGUCGAUUCCGGUAUGCAACAAAUGGCUGUCGAAGUAGCUGAACGUACGGCGGUCAACGCGACCCGAAUAGCCCUCAAUAACGGCAACAAGGCGACCUCAUGAUUCUACGUAGCGCCCCAGCGCUCAGCUGCUGUUUUAGCGCUUCUUAGCUGAGCCGCGCCCUGUUUUAAGCGUUUUCCACUGUUUCUUUUUUUUUUUUGUAGGGUGGGUAAAAAGUGACAAUUUAUUGUAAAUUUUAUGUCAGUUAAAUUCUUAUUGUAAGUGAUACCUUUAGGGCCAUUAUAUAUCUAUAGAGGGUGUCCCAGGAUAAUAAAAAAGGGGAUUUUUUUACGAAACUAUAUACUUGGUUUUUUUAAUGAAAUAAAUUCUAUCUAAUUUAAAAUUAAUUGUUUUGAGGUCCAUUAUUGUAAACCUAAAGGUUGUUUAGGGUUAAACCGAGUAGCGGACCCUGAAACUCCUUAGGCCGACUUUUUGUCAUUUAAACCCGAUUUUAAUGAAACAAAUUGUAUCAAAUUUAGAGUUAAUUUGUCUGUUAACAUACUGUUUUGUGUUCAGUGAAAAAUGUCCAAAUAAUCUGGACUUUAACCUGACGGAAUGUUCUUUGAUGGGUUCUUUGCCAUUUAAACUGAAUUUUUCUGAGGCAUUUCGAAAAUGUGGGGCACCCUGUAUAUCUUAAAUAUUACACACAACUUAUAAAUAAUAAUAAAAUACUUUUUAAGGAAUGUUUUGUAAAAAUUACGCAAAUUAUAGAAACGUUUUUCUUGGGAACUCGAUCCUCGUACGUGUACAGUUUAAUUAAUUUCUCUCUGUAAAUAGGGUGACGUAAAAUAUGAUUAUGUGAUAUAUCUGUUAUUGUACUAAGCCGAUGAUGAUGUUGUUGUUGGUUGUAGUAAAAAAAUCUUAUAUUUAUUAUUUUUAUUAUUAUUAAUAAUUAUUUAUUUAUAAACGCGGUGUAAGUAGGGUUAUUUUAAAAUCCAGUAAAAGUGCUUUGUUUUUCUUAUUUAACUGUGCUUAUUAUUUUUUUACUCUUUUAGUUGUAGGAAGGUGCAAUUCGUUUGAUUCCUCAUUUUUCCCCCUCCCCCGCCACUUGUUUGUACUGUCGUUUGUUUUUUUACAAAGUGCAUCUUUUUGGAUAGAUGUGUAGGUACCUGAGAUUUUUUUUUCGAGCAGUGUAACUUGACAUAAUUUUCUUCCAGACAAUAAAGUUCUUAUUUUCAAGCAGCAAAGAAGCAAGCAGUGUAUAGAAAAUUUUUUUUAGACACAUUUUAAUUAAUUAAUUUUAUUUUUUGAAAACAAACUAAAAAUGUGAAGUGAGAUAUAAAUUGAUAUAAAAUGCGAAUUUUUUUUUCAAGCAGUGUAAUUAAAAUCUGUUUCUCCCAGACAGUUGAGCACUUUUCAUAAAAAUUCAUGUUGUUCAAAACAAUAACCUCAACUGUCUAAAUUUUUUUUUGAUUUUGGUCAAGCAGUGUAUUUUUUCACAAAUAUUUUAUUUGAGCAGUGUAAUAUAAGUUCUUGUAACAAAAAUCCCUUCAACUGCCUGAAAAGUAAACUUUUCUUUUGUCGAGCAGUGUAUUUUGAUUAAUUAAUUAUACUUUUUCGAAACAAACUAAAAGUGCUGUUAAAACAGUUGAGUUUUUUUUUUAUAACAAACUCAACCGCUCGAUAAAUCAGAGAUUUUUUUUUGAGCAGUGUAAUUAAUAUAUUUUAGACGUCAAUAACGUCAACUGUUUAAAAAAAAAUUGACAAUUUUUUUUGUCGAGCAGUGUAAUUCUAGUUCAUGUUUUUCAGGAGUUUAAGAAGUUCUUAUUACAAAAGGCCUAAAGGUUGAGUAGAUUUUUUUUCGUCAAGGAGUGUAUUAAUUAAUUUUUAUUUUUAAAACAAGUUAAUAAUUUUGUGCUCGUUUAAGCAGUAUAAUUGAUGUUAAUUUUUUCCAGGCAGUUGAGAACAUCAUUUACAAAAGAAAAUAUUCAUGAUAACUUCAAAUACCGAAGAAUUUUAUAAUUAUUUUUUGUUGAGCAGUGUAUAAAUGACACAAUAUUUAAGAAAAAAUACUCAUUGGAAAUGUAUUAAUUUUUUGUUAAGCAGUGUAUAGAACAUGUUUUUCCAUCCACAAAGUUUUUUUGGAAAAAUAAGUUUUUUGUUAAGUAGUGUAAUAUUUGGUAAGAUCUGAGAAAACAGAAACAGAGCUCAACUGCCUGGAAUAAUUUUUUGUUUUUUGUCAAGCAGUGUAUAGAACUUUUUUUUCUUAUUUAUUUUUGAGCAGUGUAAUUCAAGUUCAUGUUUUUCCAGCAAAUUUUCUUUAAAAAACGAUGAUUUUUUGAUAAUUAAUUCUCUUGUCCAGGCAAUUGAGGCCCAAGAAUUUUGUUCGAGCAGUGUAAUUCAAUUAGACAUGUGACAGAUCUGUGUUUUAACAAAUUGCCUUUUUGAAGAAAUAUGCAACUGCUUGAAAAAUUGAAAAUUUUUAUUUCGAGCAGUGUAUAUAAAAUUAAUUGCUUCCCGGAACUUUUACAAAAAAAAAUUACCGUUUAGAGUAAUAACUUUUAACUAUCUAAAAAUUUAAUUAUUUUUUUUUGUCGAAUAGUGUAUAAAAUUGUAUUUUAAGACACGACGUUUCUAGAAGUGAUUUUUUUUAGAACAGUGUAAUUAAUAUAUUCCGGACGUCAAUAACGUCAGCUAUCUAAAAAAAAAAAUUGAUAGUUUUUUUUUUGUCAAGCAGUGUAUAGAACUUUUUUUUCUUAUUUCUUUUUUUGAGUUUAUUAUAUUUUUUUAAUUACACUUAAAAUCUGUUUCUCCCAAGUAGUCGGACACUUUUCAUAAAAAUUUAUGUUGUUCAAAACAAUAACCUCAACUGUCUUAAUUUUUUUUUUGAUUUUGGUCAAGCAGUGUACUUUUUCACAAAUGUUUUAUUUGAGCAGUGUAAUAUAAGUUCUUGUAACAAAAAUCCCUUCAACUGCCUGAAAAGUAAACUUCUUUUGUCGAGCAGUGUAUUUUGAUUAAUUAAUUAUACUUUUUCGAAACAAACUAAAAGUGCUGUUAAAGCAGUUUUCGAUUUUUUUUAUAACAAACUCAACUGCUAGAUAAAUUAAAGAUAUUUUCUUUAAGCAGUGUAAUUAAUAUAUAUUCCAGACGUCAAUAACGUCAACUAUCUAAAAAAAAAAUUGAUAGUUUUUUUUUCUGAGCAGUGUAAUUCUUAUUUAUGUUUUUUAGGCUUUUAAGAAGUUCUUAUCACAAAAAGCCUAAAGGUUGAGUAAAUUUUUUUUUCGUCAAGAAGUGUAUUAAUUAAUUUUUACUAAUCAAGCAGUGUACUCUCUCAAGCAGUGUAAUGAAAAUGUAUAAGUGUGUAUAGAGAGUGUAUAAUGCCCGAGAACUUUAAGUAUAACUGAUGUUAAUUUCAAAUACCUAAAUAUUUUAUAAUUUUGUUGAGCAGUGUAUAAAUGACAAAAUAUGGAAAGAGAAAUUACAUGUUCACUGUUUGAGAAUUUAAUAUGAUUUUUUUGUCAAGCAGUGUAAAGCAUGGUAUUUUUUUAAAAGUUUUUUUUUUCGAGCAGUAUAAUUCGAGUUCAUUUGUUCCAGGCAGUUUAGAUCGUUUUAUCAACUGCCUAAGAAUUUCAAUAUUUUUUUUUCUCAAGCAGCAGUGUAUAAUGAAAAUGUAUAAGUGUGUAUAGAGAGAGUGUAAUAAUGCCCGAGAACUUAAAGCAUUUUUUUUAAGCAAAUUAACUGAUAUUAAUUUCUUCCAGGCAGUUGAGAACAUUUGCAAAAAAAAAUAUUUAUAACAUGUUAAUUUCAAAGGCCGAAGAAUUGUAUUAUUUUUUUUGUUGAGCAGUGUAUAAAUAACACAAGAUUUAAAAAAAAAUUGUAUUAAUUUUUUGUUAAGCAGUGUAUAGAACAUGUUUUUCCAUUCACAAAGUUUUAAAAAAAAAAAUAGUUUUUUGUUAAGUAGUGUAAUAUUUGGCAAGAUCUGAGAAAACAGAGCUCAACUGCCUGGAAUAUUUUUUUAUUUUUUGUCAAGCAGUGUAUAGAACUUUUUUUCUGAGAUAUUUUUUUUUUGAGCAGUGUAAUUUGAGUUCAUGUUUUUCAUUCAAUUUAAAAAAAAAAAAACGAUGAUAUUUUGAUAAUUAAUUCUCUUGUCCAGGCAGUUGAGACCCGAGAAUUUUGUUCGAGCAGUGUAAUUCAAUUAGACCUGUGUUUUAACAAAUUGACUUUUUGAAGAAAUAUGCAACUGCUUGAAAAAUCGAAAUUUUUUUAUUUCGGGCAGUGUAUAUAAAAUUAAUUGCUUCCAGGCACUUUUACAAAAAAAAAUUACCGUUUACAGUAAUAAUUUUUAACUUUUUUUUGUUGAACAGUGUAUAAAAUUGUUUGUAUUUUAAGACACGACGUUUCUAGAAGUGAUUUUUUUUUGAGCAGUGUAAUUAAUAUAUUCCAGGACAUCAACUAUCUAAAAAAAAAUUGACAGUUUUUUUGUCGAGCAGUGUAAUUCUAGUUCAUGUUUUUCAGGAGUUUAAGAAGUUCUUAUAACAAAAAGCCUAAAGGUUGAGUGGAUUUUUUUUCGUCAAGCAGUGUAUUAAUUAAUUUUUAUUUUGAAAACAAGUUAAUAAUUUUGUGCUCGUUUGAGCAGUAUAAUUAUUACUAAUUUGUUCCAGGCAGUGCAGAUCGUUGCAUCAACUGCUUAAGAAUUUCAAUAUUUUUUUUCUCAAGCAGUGUAUAAUGAAAAUGUAUAAGUGUGUAUUUUUUCUUAAAUAUUGUGUCAUUUAUACACUGCUCAACAAAAAAUAAUUAUAAAAUUCUUCGGUCUUUGAAAUUAUCAUGUCAUAAAUACUUUUUUUUGUAAAUGUUCUGAACUGCCUGGAAGAAAUUAAUAUCAGUUACGCUGCUUAAAAAAAAAUGCUUUAAGUUCUCGGGCAUUAUUACACUCUCUCUAUACACACUUAUACAUUUUCAUUAUACACUGCUUGAGAAAAAAAAUAUUGAGAGAGUGUAAUAAUGCCCGAAAACUUAAAGCAUUUUUUUUAAGCAGUGUAACUGAUGUUAAUUUCUUCCAGGCAGUUGAGAACAUUUACAAAAGAAAAUUUUUUCAAAUACCGAAGAUUUUAUGAUUAUUUUUUGUUGAGCAGUGUAUAAAUGACACAAUAUUUAAGAAAAAAUUGUAUUAAUUUUUUGUUAAGCAGUGUAUAGAAAAUGUUUUUCCAUUCACAAAGUCUUUAAAAAACAUUAGUUUUUUGUUAAGUAGUGUAAUAUUUGGCAAGAUCUGAGAAAACUGAAACAGAGCUCAACUGCCUGGAAUAAUUUUUUGUUUUUUCUCAAGCAGUGUAUAGAACUUUUUUUUAUUAUUUUUUUUUUGAGCAGUGUAAUUCAAUUAAACAUGUGACAGACCUGUAUUUUAACAAAUUGAUUUUUUGAAGAAAUAUACAACUGCUUGAAAAAUCGAAAUUUUUUUUUCAGGCAGUGUAUAUAAAAUCAAUUGCUUCCAGGCACUUUUACAAAAAAAAAUUACCGUUUAGAGUAAUAACUUUAAUUAUCUAAAAAUUUAAUUAUUUUUUUUGUUAAACAGUGUAUAAAAUUGUUUGUAUUUUAAGACACGACGUUUCUAGAAGUGAUUUUUUUUUGAGCAGUGUAAUUAAUAUAUUCCAGGCGUCAAUAACGUCAACUAUCUAAAAAAAAAUUGAUAGUUUUUUUUGUCGAGCAGUGUAAUUCUAGUUCAUGUUUUUUAAGAGUUUAAGAAGUUCUUAUCACAAAAAAACUUAAAGGUUGAGUAGAUUUUUUUUUUCGUCUAGCAGUGUAUUAAUUCAUUUUUGUUUUGAAAACAAGUUAAUAUUGUUUUCAAAAUAAAAAUUGUGUAAAAUAAAUUUUGUACUCGUUUGAGCAGUAUAAUUAUUACUAAUUUGUUCCAGGCAGUGCAGAUCGUUGCAUCAACUGCUUAAGAAUUUCAAUAUUUUUUUUCUCAAGCAGUGUAUAAUGAAAAUGUAUAAGUGUGUAUAGAGAGAGUGUAAUAAUGCCCGAGAACUUACAGCAUUCUUUUUAAGCAGUGUAACUGAUAUUAAUUUCUACCUGGCAGUUGAGAACAUUUAAAAAAAAUAUAUUUAUGACAUGAUAAUUUCAAAUACCGAAGAAUUGUAUAAUUAUUUUUUGUUGAGCAGUGUAUAAAUGACACAAUAUUUAAGAAAAAAAAUACUUAUUGGAAAUGUAUUAAUUUUUUUGUUAAGCAGUGUAAUAUUUGGCAAGAUCACAGAAACAGAGCUCAACUUCCUGGAAUAAUUUUUUUUUUUGUCAAGCAGUGUAUAAAACUUUUUUUUCUUAGAUAUUUUUUUUGAGCAGUGUAAUUCAAGUUCAUGUUAUUCAUUCAAAUUUUAAAAAAAAAACGAUAAUUUUUUAAUAAAUAAUUUUCUUGUACAGGCAAUUGAGACCCGAGAAUUUUGUUCGAGCAGUGUAUAAAAUUGUUUGUAUUUUAAGACACGACAUUUCUAGAAGUGAUUUUUUUUGAGCAGUAUAAUUUUUGACAAGGCAUGAUCUGAGACAACAGAACUCAACUAUCCGGGUCGAUUUUUUCUUUAAAUUACCUGAAAAAUAUUUCAACUGCCUGGACAAAAUGAACUUUGAACUACACUGCUCGAAAAAAAAUAUAUUAGGUUGCUAUAUUUUCAAAAAAUUGCUUUUUAUUAAAGUUGAAAAAAAAAUUGGUUAAGCAGUGUAUAAAGUCGCAACGGCCUUUUUGCCAAGAUAACUGCAUUCUACUACAAAAUCUGAAACAACAAAAACGGACCUCAACUGCCUGGAAGAAUUAUUUGUUUAAGCUAUUGCAAAUGCUUGAAAAAUUGGACAAGGAAUUUUUUUUUUAUGCAGUAUAAUUUGAAUUACACUGCUCGAAAAAAAACAAAUUAAAACAAUUCUCAGGUGUAGUUAAUUUUUUUUUGAAAGCGCCCAAUUGCUUGGACGAAGCAAACAUGAAUGACAGUGUACCUCAUAGUUACUGGAAGGGGAGGGCAUUUUGAGACCACUUUUUAGGUUAGAAUUUCCAUCUGUUUCGGUUAUAAUAAUUUCACCCAAGUGCCUAGACUAAUUUUUCGUCUUUUGUACAUAAAAAAUUACCUUUAAAUAAAAUUGUCUUACCAUCAUCACCUUUUUAAAAUCUAAUGUGUUCAUACUAAUCGUAAGUCUUUCGAAAUUAGAUGUUGCUAUAACCUUUAUUCAGCCAAACUAGACGUAAUUGUAUGUGUAUAGGUCAGUCCUUAAUCAUAGGGGGUUUUAAAAAGUAUAAAAUUAAAAAAAAAGUGGCAUUUUUCUAUGUAAAUAUUAUCGAGUUUUUUAGUUUAGAUGGUGUACGUCCAAACUAUUUUUCGGUUUUGCUCAAAUUUCGUUGUAAAAUAUUUUUUUUUGGUUUCGGUAAAAUAAAUUAUUGUAAUUUUU